UAUGAGCAGGCUAAAUUCUCGUGUAUGCAUGCUCGCGGCGAAAGUGAAUAUUCCAUACUAUUAAUAUAAAGACACAACUUGUAUAAUUGUAAUCACUCUUACAUAAACAACUUUGAAUAAUUAAUUAUCGUUAAGAACGCUACUAUUAUAGUAUCAUAUACGUAAAACGGAUCCCACUUAUUAUAGCCUUUUCGAUUCUCCAUCGGCUCUUACGAAGUCAACCUUCGUAUCUCUAUAUAAACCAUUCUCUCCUUGUUCCCUAAACACACGACCACAAGCAACAACAAAAAAAAAACAAAUACAAAAUGGCUGAUGGUUUUGGUGAACCGGGAAGCUCAAUGCACGGAGUCACCGGCCGAGAACAAAGCUAUGCAUUCUCCGUCGAGUCUCCGGUGGUUCCUUCCGACACAUCAGCAAAAUUCUCUCUCCCCGUGGACACCGAACACAAAGCCAAAGUCUUCAAACUCUUAUCCUUUGAAGCUCCACACAUGAGAACUUUCCAUCUUGCUUGGAUCUCAUUCUUCACUUGCUUCAUUUCCACUUUCGCUGCUGCUCCUCUUGUCCCCAUCAUUCGAGAUAACCUUAAUCUUACCAGACAAGAUGUUGGAAAUGCUGGUGUUGCUUCUGUCUCUGGCAGUAUCUUCUCUAGGCUUGUUAUGGGAGCUGUUUGUGAUCUCCUUGGGCCACGUUAUGGCUGCGCUUUCCUCGUCAUGCUCUCUGCUCCGACCGUCUUCUCCAUGUCGUUCGUUGCUAAUGCCGGCGGGUACAUAACGGUGAGGUUCAUGAUCGGGUUCUGCCUCGCGACUUUCGUGUCAUGCCAAUACUGGAUGAGCACAAUGUUCAAUGGUCAGAUCAUAGGUCUAGUGAACGGGACAGCGGCCGGAUGGGGGAACAUGGGCGGUGGGGUCACGCAGUUGCUCAUGCCGAUGGUCUAUGAGAUCAUCCGACGGUUAGGGUCCACGUCCUUCACGGCGUGGAGGAUGGCUUUCUUUGUCCCCGGGUGGAUGCACAUCAUCAUGGGGAUCUUGGUCUUGACUUUAGGACAAGACCUCCCGGAUGGUAAUAGAAGCACACUCGAGAAGAAAGGUGCUGUUACUAAAGACAAGUUCUCAAAGGUUUUAUGGUACGCAAUCACGAACUAUAGGACAUGGGUUUUCGUGCUGCUAUAUGGAUACUCCAUGGGAGUAGAGCUCACAACGGAUAACGUCAUCGCUGAGUACUUUUUCGACAGGUUCCAUCUUAAGCUUCACACGGCCGGUAUAAUCGCGGCAAGCUUUGGUAUGGCAAACUUCUUUGCUCGUCCUAUUGGUGGUUGGGCGUCGGACAUUGCCGCUAGACGCUUCGGCAUGAGAGGCCGUCUCUGGACCCUAUGGAUCAUCCAAACCUUAGGCGGUUUCUUCUGCCUUUGGCUAGGCCGAGCCACGACGCUCCCGACCGCGGUUGUCUUCAUGAUCCUCUUCUCUCUCGGGGCUCAAGCCGCUUGUGGAGCCACCUUUGCCAUCAUACCUUUCAUCUCACGCCGGUCCUUAGGCAUCAUCUCUGGUCUUACUGGAGCCGGAGGAAACUUCGGCUCUGGUUUGACCCAGCUUGUAUUCUUCUCGACCUCAACUUUCUCUACGGAACAAGGGCUCACGUGGAUGGGGGUGAUGAUAAUGGCGUGUACAUUACCCGUCACAUUAGUGCAUUUCCCGCAAUGGGGAAGCAUGUUUUUGCCUUCCACGGAAGAUGAAGUGAAGUCUACGGAGGAGUAUUACUACAUGAAAGAGUGGACAGAGCCGGAGAAGCAAAAGGGUAUGCAUGAAGGGAGUUUAAAGUUCGCCGUCAAUAGUAGAUCGGAGCGUGGACGGCGCGUGGCUUCUGCACCAUCUCCUCCUUCUGCUACGCCGGAACACGUUUAAGAGUUUUUAAAUGUGUUGUGUAUCAGUUGCUAUUGCUCCAAAUGUGUAAUUAGUUGAUCGAAUUACAUGUUUAAUUUAUUUAAAAGAGAUAUGCUAUACUCUUUAUGUA